AUGGAGAUCUGGCCAAGCCUCCAGCUAGAAGCACCUGGGUUUCCCACUAAAACUGGUAUUGCAUUGUUGUAUGAUGAAGUAUCUGAAAAUGCCUAUGACAUCCGACUGAAGCUUACAAAAGAGGUAUUAACAAUUCAAAAACAAGAUGUCGUCUGUGUUAGUGGAAGUGAUCACAGUGCAAAUCACAGAACUGUUACACUUCGUAGACAACCAGUUGGUGGCUUGGGCUUAAGCAUAAAGGGUGGUGCUGAGCACAAAGUGCCUGUCGUCAUAUCAAAAAUAUUUAAAGACCAAGCAGCUGACCAAACAGGAAUGUUAUUCAUAGGAGAUGCAAUAAUGCAGGUUAAUGGUAUUAAUGUAGAAAGUGCUACCCAUGAAGAAGUGGUACACUUACUGAGAAAUGCUGGCGAUGAAGUUACCAUCACCGUUCAGUACCUCAGGGAAGCUCCAUCAUUUUUAAAGCUCCCAUUAGGUUCCCCUGGACCAUCUAGUGAUCACAGCAGUGGAGCUUCAUCACCUCUCUUUGACAGUGGUUUACAUUUAAAUGGAAACUCGACUAACACGGCUCCAUCAUCACCUUCUUCACCCAUAGCUAAUGAACCAAAAUACGAGAAGCGCUGGCUAGACACCUUAUCAGUUCCUCUGUUGAUGGCUCACAUCUCGAGGUACAAAGCUGGAACAGAUAAAUUAAGAUCUAAUGCAUUUGAAGUGCUGGCACUCGAUGGAGUUAGUACUGGGAUACUUCAGUUAUAUACAGCCCAGGAGAGUGCUGACUGGCUGAGAGCAAUAUCAACUAACAUCAGUGAUUUGACACUUCAAAAUAUGAAAAUGGCAAAUAAAUGCUGUUCUCCCUCAGACCAGGUCAUACAUAUGGGAUGGGUAAAUGAGAAACUUGAAGGAACUGAUUCAUCUCAGCUGUGCAAAUUCAAGUUUCUGGCACUGAAGGGUUCAUCCUUCUACAUUUUCAGCACUCCACCGGUAAGCACACUAGACUGGGUACGAGCUGAAAAAAUCUAUAACCUCUGUGAGGUUCUGUUUAAAAUUCACAAGCUCUGGCUUGCUGAUGAUUGCUGGCUACAAGCAAACUUGUAUUUAGGUAUUCAUCAGGACUAUGAUCUUGACGACCAGAGGCCAUAUUGUUUCAGUGUUAUGGUUGGACAUGGCAAGAGUCAUUAUUUCAAUGUAGAGCUUGGCAGUGAGUUGGCAGUGUGGGAGAAAUCUUUUCAAAGAGCAAUUUUCUUGGAAGUUCAAAGAACAGGGUCUAAAACAUAUGUGUGCAGUUGGCAAGGGGAUACCCUGUGCUUCACAGUUGACUUUGCUCUUGGAUUUACCUGUUUUGACAGUAAAACAAAGAAUGUGCUGUGGAGGUUUAAAUUCUCUCAGCUGAAAGGAUCUUCAGAUGAUGGGAAAACAAGAGUAAAGCUGCUUUUUCAGAAUCUAGACACCAAACAAAUUGAGACAAAGGAACUUGAAUUUCAGGAUCUGACAGCAGUUUUACACUGUAUUCACUCCUUUAUAGCAGCAAAAGUGGCAUCUGUGGAUCCAGUGUUUAUGGACAGCCAGAGUAUUGCAAGGAAAUAUAUGUACAGUAACUGAAAUCAGAUUAUUUGUCGUGAUUAUGGAAAAUAAAUUAUUUUCUUAAAGAAAGUAGCUAUUUCAUGCACAAUAUUGCAACUUUGUGAUUUUAUAAGAAGCCUAUAGUUGUGUUAUCUGUAAUGUUAAUGGUUUUCACGCUGUUCACCACUGUUGAAUCUGACAAGUUAACAAACAUUAAGUCAAACUGAAUCAGUUUGUUGUCUUUGGCAUUAAUCUAAAACUCAGAGCAAAUAUUCAUUCAAUAAUAUUUGUGAUGUUAUUUCAGUUUCUGUUCUCAUGGUCAUAUAUAUCCCAUAUGCUACAUAAAAACACAAACCAACAUUUGCAAAGUAUGUGACCAAAAUUUGGAGUUUCAAUCCACUUUGAAAAGUUCAAGGCACACAGACAACUUCUACAGCAUAUGGUGGAAAAGAGCUAAUUUUUGACAAAACCAAAAUGGGAAUUGGACUUCUAUCUUGCUUGUUAUAGUUGAAAAAAUAAUUCCUCCAUCCAUUUAUUUUAAGGCCUGAGAAUUAGCUCUGGCAAAGCACUAAGUACCCUGUUUCUGACUGAGGAAAGGACUUAAGCACACACUUGACUCUAACCAUAUGAAGUAACCCCAGAGGACUCACAAGAUAAUGUUAAUUUUGUAUUAAAAUAUCUUGCUGGAUCAGCUGAAGAGCCUUGGGGCAUAUGUAGGAUCAUACCCUAAGGACCCUAACUGUAGGCAUACUCUUUUAGAAAACUUGCCCUAAGUUUUUCUUUUUAUUGAUAAAACUUUCAGGAAUCAUUCAUUUAUUCAUUCACAGACUGAACUGACAGUAUCCUCUGUUAUAACCCUAUGUGUACAGCUUCUUUAGUAAGUGUUUUGUUUAGAGGUAGAUGCUUUAGGUGUAGGGUAAACAUAACUAGACAUAAAGAUUUUGCUGGCCCAUCCAUCUGCCACUUUUUUCUACAGCUGUAAUCUUGACUCAGUAUGCUUAUACAGAAGGUAAGUGAGGUUUCUCCUUACUAAGGAAAUCCUAUGGCUCUUUUUUUGACAUAUCCGUAACCUCCCUUCUGAAAUCACUUGCUUAUAUGCACUGAUAAUGGUUCCUGCUAUUGAAAUAUUAUAAAAGAAAGACAUUUUAAUUUGGAUGGAUAGUCCCCUAUCAUCCCCCUAAUACCAAGUAUUCCAGGUUUCUGUGAUAAAAGUCACAGUUGUUCUCUAGUGCAAUUUUGAGGCAGUAACCAAAAAAGCAGACAAGUGUAUAUGGAUAGUUCAUCAUAGUAUAUAGGGAUCCUGUUUAUCAGAGUUCUCUCCAAAUUUUAGGAAUCUAAUGAACUGUCCUAAAGCAAAAUCCUUGAUUCACUAUUUAAUAAGGAAAGGAGGUAGGUACUUUUAAAAGCCCUCAGGUGAGGCUUCUGUUCUCAUAACUUAGGUGCUUACAGCUGGUCAGAGAUGAGUGGCCUCUUGAGGUCUUAAGGCAGAUAGUUCUCUCAGCAGACUGCAGUGGGGUCUUAGGCACUUACUUACAUUAAAACGAUCCUUCUCUGUUCACCUUAAACUUAGGCAGAAGUAAAGUGCUUAAACCAGGCGAUUUGAUCCUACCGUAAGGAUUGCCUAUUUCCAUGUGGUAUCCUUAGAGGAAUUCAUUUUAACUGUGGGGACACUGUUUGCAGAUCUAAUGUUGUUUGCAAGGAGACACAGUAGGAGAGCUAAGUUCUGUUAAAACAAUAUUUAGCAAAGAUGAAGAAUAUUUUAAUUAAAUUUAAAUAUUUGUAAACAGUAUGGUAUUUUUAACAACUAUCAUCUCAAGUUUUUUUCAAAAAACACUACAUUAAUUAUGUUUAUAGAACAUGUUUUUAUGCAAAACAUCUCAUUUAAUCAUAUUUCCACUCUUUGUAUUUACUGAGCUUUUAAGAUUCACAGAUCAUAGCAAUAAAAUCAGAAUAGCUUUCUUACAGUCAAUUUUCAAUUAUUAGCAUGAACAGUUAUAAAUGACAGAGCGACUGUAGGUGGAAGAAUGAUGGAAUUCCUCCUCUACUUCAUUUACUGCUAUUAUCGCUUGUAUGAAGUUAAAUACUAACAUGAAACUAGUGUAACUGAGUGGAAAAUUGCACCAGAUACUACUGAACUAAGACUGCACACUCAGGCCUGUAGACCUAGUGUUUUAAAUAUUAUGUGGUAAAAACAUAAUGCGUCUUUCUAAAUAUUGUGAAUAAAAGCUUAACAGAAAGUAAGCUUAGUUUAUUAAAUAAUCUUUCAUUUCUACAGAAAAGUUCUGCAAUUCAGAAUGAACAUUAUUAAAAAUGUAGAAAGUCCAUACAAAUAGAAUGAAACAAGACAAUAACAAGCUAAUUGUAUAUAAAAAUUAUGAUUAAGACUAUUCUGAAUUUUAAUAGCCUUAACUUUAUGGAGCCAUAAAAUAAAAUCUCUCUGGGAAAGAAUAAUUCUUAAUUUGCUUGGAACCAUAAAGAUAACUCUAGUCCUUCAUUUUGACAAUUCUUUCUGGUGCCCAUUCUCUCUUCUUACUUGGAAGUUACUGGUUAUAUUCGAUAAAACAUGCAUUUUCUUGUAAAUUAUUUUUCAGUUUCUCUUUUAAAUUUUCUCAGUCUGUUAUAUUUAUACAAAAUUGUAUUUAUGGUUCUACUAAGGACUUCGCAUUCUCCUACUCAUAAUCCUGUUUUCCAUUUCCUGUUACCCUUUCUCUUAGAAUAGCUUUGUGAAUGCUCAAAGAAAAUAAA